AUGUCCUGCUGCUUCAACCUCCCGCUCGCCGCUUCCACCUUCUGGCGCAGGUCUUGGAGGCACGGCCUGCUGCUCUGCAGGUUAUUCCCCCUCCUCAGGUACGGGCUCCUCGCUGUGUCCCUCUUUACUGUACUGGCCAUCACCAUCAACAGAUAUGUGAUGAUUGGUCAUCCUACCAUGUAUCCUAAGUUGUAUAGAAAGCAGUAUCUAGGAUUAAUGGUAGCAGCAACUUGGAUUUGUGGAUUCGGUGCCUUAGUUGCCACCUGGUUUGGCAGGUGGGGAAAGUUCGGCCUCGAUCCCAGAAUUGGAUCAUGCUCAAUCCUUCCUGAUGCCGCCGGAAGGUCGCCAAAAGAGUUCCUAUUCCUUGUAGCAUUUGUCAUUCCUUGCAUCUGUAUCGUCGUCUGCUAUGCCAGAAUUUUCUACAUAGUUCGCAAGACCGCUCUCAAGUCUAGGGUGGCUGGAAGAACGCACCAAUCAACUACUGCUAGUACCACCACUUCUGGAAAAAGUUACUACGGUAAGGUAAGGCUCCUAAGGAAGUGCAAUAACAGCUCUACCGACGAUUCCGCGUUCGCAACUAGCUCGACGGCCCCUUCUUUUUCCACUGAAAAAUCAUCAACCAUGGACAAUGGAACAGAACUCACUGAACUUAAUAUAAAAAUCGUCACACUGCCAAACCCUAACCUCCUAUCACCGCCAGGAUGUUCCCCACGAAAGGUACUGUCAGACCCGUCCUCGUCUUCGGGAGUUGAAGAGGGUCUAGAGGAUAUCACUUCUAGGAGCGCGACUCCAACUUCAAUGUGCUCUUCUAGGGCCACUUCUCCAAAAGAGAGAAAACACAAAGAAAGGAUACCUUCAGCAGUCAAUUCAACGCUCAACCAUGUCGCUUCGGUUUUCAGGAAAACUAGCCAAAGGUGUAGUCCAAGAAGAUAUUCCGCUCCACCUAUUCCAGGAAAAAUGACCCCGAAAGACAAAAAACUCUUGAAAAUGAUUCUAGUUAUAUUCGCUUCUUUUGUUACUUGCUACCUGCCGAUCACUUUAAGCAAGACUUACCGGGAGUGGGUAGAUCUGAGAAGCCUUAAUAUUGCGGGAUAUAUUCUGAUAUACUUGACAACCUGUAUCAACCCCAUAAUCUACGUAGUAAUGAGCUCCGAGUACAGACAAGCAUACAAAAACCUGCUGAUGUGUAGGAGUCCUGAGAGUCAGAUCACGACUGGAUCGAAGCCAUGACGUCGGAGAAACGGCCCAAGGUAUCACAAGCCUUAGGGCCAUAAAGACAUGUAAAUAGAUCUUGUAAAUUUUCUGUUUAUUUGUUUAUUUUUGGUUUUUCUUUUUAAAUAAAAUAUUGUUAUAAGUUUGUGGAAAAUAUGUUAUCUCGUUUAUUCCUCGACUGUUAAUUAUAUUUAUAAAGAGAUUACUGGUUGUGAAUAAUUGAAUGGAUUGUAAUUAUUAGUGCUCAAAUACUAAUGGGAAAAAUAGGAAGUUAGUUGAAAG